AGAUAUAGAUGCAAUCAAUGCCAAAAGACAUUUUCAAGACCUUCUUCCUUGAGAAUCCAUAUUCUUUCGCAUACAGGAGAGAAGCCACAUGUAUGCCCUCAACCAGGCUGCGGAAAAAGAUUUAGUGUACAGAGUAACAUGAGAAGACAUUUGAAAGUGCAUUAUUGUAAU